CCGCUCUACUCUGAGGCGGGGCGGGCGGCGGCCGCCUCCAUCCGUGAGGGCUCUGGCAGCCACCGCCGCGCCCGGUGCUCCUGAGGAGCCUGUCCCUCGGCCCCUGGGCGCUGAGGGACCCCCGGGUUCAGAGGACGGUGCAGCGGGGUGGGGGCUCCGCAGUGGGGCUGCGGCUGCCCCAGAGGCAGCCAAACCUUUCCUACGGAAUCAGCGCCAAAGGAUAGCGGCCCUCCCAGCCCGCCCGGCAAUUCCAGGGCAAGCUCCCCCCGCCCGGGCUCGGACGCUGCGUGGGUUCGGUGCCCGCCCUGCCCGUGACGGCUCCGAAAGCAGCAGCGGCCCUGUGCCCUCACUAGAAGGAGUUGUCGCUCACCUGCGGCUGCUCCCGCCGCCUCACCCCGCGCCGGGAGCCGGGGCUGGUUUGCUCCGAGGCCGGUCUGUGCAGUGGCUGGGGUGGCAGCAGGGGCCCGCUUCCCUCUGACCUCGUCCCACGCCCCGACAAGGCACUCACGGCAUAUAAAGCUUUGAGUGCAGUAAGGUGACCCCGCGGAAAAAUAUUGCGUAGAACUCGCUGCUGUAAUUCCGAGACAGAGACCUGUACUGGGUCUCGGUUGCAUUAAUUAUGAGCCUCUUGGGACGUUGUGUAAAAAUGAAAGAAUGAGUAUGAUCUUCUGGUCAUUGGUGGAGGGUCUGGAGGCCUUGCUUGUGCAAAAGAAGCUGCUCAGUUUGGAAGAAAAGUGGCUGUUCUGGAUUAUGUUGAACCUUCCCCACGAGGAACCACAUGGGGACUUGGUGGAACUUGUGUGAAUGUUGGCUGCAUUCCUAAAAAGCUUAUGCAUCAAGCAGCCCUUUUAGGGAGUGCCCUUAAAGAUGCCCAACACUAUGGCUGGAAUAUAUCCCAACCUGUUCAUCAUACCUGGUCUGUGAUGGCACAAGGUGUUCAGAAUUAUGUGAAAUCCUUGAACUGGGGACACAGAGUGCAACUACAAGAAAAGAAGGUGAAAUAUUUCAACAUCAAAGGAAGUUUUUCUGAUCCACAUACAGUCCGUGGUUUAACAAAAGCAGGUAAAGAGACUGUUGUUACUGCUGAUAAUAUUGUCAUUGCUACUGGAGGAAGACCAAAAUACCCUAUGGAUGUUGCAGGUGCACUGGAGUAUGGAAUCACAAGUGAUGAUCUGUUCUGGUUAAAGCAAUCUCCUGGAAAAACGUUGGUUGUUGGAGCCAGCUAUGUGUCCCUUGAGUGUGCUGGUUUUCUGACAGGCAUUGGAUUGGACACUACAGUCAUGAUGAGAAGUGUCCCACUUCGUGGGUUUGAUCAGCAAAUGGCUUCUUUAGUAACUGAGCACAUGGAAUCGUAUGGCACAAAAUUUUUAAAGAGAUGUUUCCCAACUAAAGUUGAAAAAUUGGAGAGCGACAGAUUGCAAGUCACUUGGAAAAAUGCUGACCUGGACACAGAAGAAACUGAUUCUUUCAACACCGUGAUGUGGGCAGUAGGCCGAGCCCCUGACACCAAAACUCUCAAUUUGGAGGCAGUUGGAGUGAAAAUUAACUCUGAAACUGGAAAGAUUAUUGUUGAUGCCAAUGAAGCUACUUCUGUUCCUCACAUUUAUGCAGUUGGAGACAUAACAGAGGGCCGUCCUGAAUUAACACCCACAGCAAUAGCUGCAGGAAAACUGCUGGCUCAGCGUCUUUUCGGCCAGUCUUCAGAGCUGAUGGACUAUGACAAUGUGCCUACCACAGUCUUCACUCCCUUGGAGUAUGGUUGUGUUGGCCUGUCAGAAGAAGCAGCUGUGCAACGUCAUGGAUCAGACAAUAUUGAGGUAUACCAUGCAUAUUAUAAACCUUUAGAGUUCACAGUGGCUGAAAGAGAUGCAGCUCAAUGCUAUAUGAAGAUGGUGUGCUUACGAGAGAGGGAGCAACGAAUACUUGGCCUUCAUUUCAUUGGACCAAAUGCAGGCGAAGUUAUUCAAGGAUUUGCUCUUGGAAUCAAGUGUGGUGCUACGUAUGCUCAGAUGAUGAAGACAGUUGGCAUUCACCCCACCUGUGCUGAAGAAGUUACCAAGUUGCGCAUUACAAAGCGUUCUGGCCUGGAUGCAACAGUCACAGGCUGCUGAGGUUAAAUACCAUCCCUGGAAAGAAGGAAAAAAAGCACAAAACAUAUUUGUAAAGAAAAGGGGCACUUAAAGUUGAAACAGUUUUAAGGGUUCAGGUUACAGGAAUCUUUGUUUUUCUCCUGUAGAGAGCUUUUUCUCACAGCUGAAAGAUUUUCCUUGCACCAUCACAGUUCUAAAACCAAUGUAGUCCUGCUGCAACAAAUCUCUCUUUCUAAGAGCCUAAAGCUCUUCUGUUGCUGGGAGCUAGGGAAUAAUCACAGUAUUUUAUAUGUAAAUGUAACUAAAGCUCGUGACAUCUGAGGCCAUCUGCAAAUGAAGCAGUUGUGAUUUGGGUUUCCUUGUUGGCCAGCAGAAGAGUUUCAGAUGCUGGGAAUCAGAGAGGGCAUCCCUUAGAAGUUUGGUGGGAUGCUUUGUCCUGCAUACUUGGAUUGCUCAUUACUGAUCCUGUAUUGAACACUGAGACUCUGCAUUCACUAGUGGAAACAAGUUCCUGGUGUGCAUAACAAAGGGUAAGCAGUCAUCUUUGGGUUCUUUCCUUUAAAAUGUAAUAUGUGAUGGAAUUUAAUAGAAAAUCACCUGAAGCUGUACAGCUGCUGGAAGAAUGACAAGGGAUUAAUCAGUAGCAGCCUGGUCACAGUAUUAUGGAGAGGACUGAGAAUGAAUGAUCUCAGAGGUGCUAAAGAAGAGUUGAAUUUUAUGGUGGCGUCUCUGCCUACUCCUGAAAUUUUUAAUUCAGCUCAGUCCAAACUAAAUUGACACAUCUCACAAAUUACUGCUUGAACAGUGUAUAUUAAGCUGACAAGUAAAGUAAAACCCUCUAAUAAUCCACCUUAUGCAGCAUUUUCUGGUUUAUAGAAUGCAGAAAUAUGGCUGACACUGAAAUAUUUUCUCGGUUUGUUUUUAAGACUUUCUUACUGAUGAGCUAGAGAGUAUAUCUGAACUGACUUAUAUCUGGCUUUAAUAAAACACAUUACUGAAGGGAACUACAUUAAGCAAUGAUCCAGAAGAGAAAUGGUCCUGUCCUGAGCAAAGAUAUAAAAUAAUCAUCUGCAACUUUUUUUUGUUUUGUUUUGUUUUUUGUUUUUGUGUACUGGCCUGAGUAAGAAAGCAUUACCCUGUUGCAAAUUCCUGCUGAUUUUUGUGCUCUCCAGAAGGGGGAGGUGCUGGCUUAUCUGUGGCAGGAGAGGAAUAAAUCUGAGAAUGAAGCUUCUUGUGCAGAACCCUGUUAAGGACGUAGCCUGACAAACACAGACCAGUCUGCACUGAAUUUCAAUCCCAGUUGCAGCUUCUUGCACCCUUUACAGCAGAAUAGCAAACAUUGGAAGAGACCAGCUUCAGGUGAAACAAAAUAUAUCAUUUUGCAGUUAAUUGAUGUCAGUGUUUUAUGUGUGGAAUUUGUUAUUUUCAUUCCAAACUUGUUGCAGUUUUGCAGAAUAGUCUGAUGAUCAUGAUGAUCAUGAUCUGCUGUUUUAAUUUGAUUGUUAUUUCACUGCUGCAGCAGCACAGAAAAAUGGUUUAUAACAAGUGUGGAAUAAUUUUUACCAUGAGAAUUGUACCUGUCUGAGAAACUAUUAGACAAAAGGGAUCAAAACUUCCUUGUAAAAUAGAAUUGAACAGCAUUUAUCACACACGCAUUGAUAUGACAAUGUUAAAUUUUCUUUUUUUUUUUUUUUUUAACUUAAGCAACAGCAAAAGAAGUCCUAAAUGUUUUCUCUACAAAUUUUCCUGAGGUUUUUUUUUUGGUCCAUGUUUCUUGUCCAUAAAAUAGAAAGAAGUGAUACAGUUGGACUCCAAGUGGCAUUCCCUAUCAGAUCUGCUGAUGCCAUUUUUCAUCUGUGAAGUUAUCCAUAAGUUUGUAGUAGACAAGAAAUGUUUGGAUUGGAAGUGUUGUUGAAACAAUACCUGAAUUUUGCAGCUGCCUUUAGAAGAAAUGAUGAAAACUUUAUAUAAAUAGGUGCUUACCUGCACAUUCAGGAGUUUCUGUUUCCUUUAAUAAAGGGCCUUAUGAGUAUGAUGCAGCCAAAACCCUUGCUAGAUUUUCCUCAGAUGUUUAAAAAAAAAGGAGUUCAGAGUAAAUUAGGGUUUCUUAAAAUGUUUUACUUAAUAUUUCAAAAUAUGGAGAUACAGCCUAAUGGAAAUUUUGCUGUAAGAAACAGCUUACCUCUGACAAAACUCUAACCUUUAUGCAUACAAGGUUUUCUUUCCAGUGAUUGCCUAUUAUAGUUCCUUUUGUUUCCCAGAAAUGCAAGCACUGGUGUUAAACCAUGUAAAAUCUGCUUCUCUUCUCUGCUCUACCAAGGCAUCCAGCAGACAGAGUUGUCUGUCCCUACAGACAGAUCAAUGGAAAGAUGAGUUAAUUUCAUUCAUCAUAAAGUUCAAAUUAAUUAUUUAGCAAAUAGAGACAUCUCAAGGAAAUGUGUCUUCAGUGCAUAUAGAGUGUGAAACUAAGGCAUGUCAUGGUUUUCAGAAAAAACAGAUCUGCCUUGGUUUUAGAAUUGCUGAGUGGCCUGCAUGAAAUUGUUCCUGUCUCUUCAACAGCAGCCUGGUUCUGUUCCUCAUUUAGUGGAAAAUGCUGUUGCCCCCUGAAGUAAAACAAAACAUACAAUCCCACCUACAUAAUAAUGUCAGAAUCAACAGCAAGACAGAAUAAUGACAAAUAUUGUGAUUGUGCUUUUUUUCCUGAAGGAUUCACCAGGGAUGGUCCUUAAGAAUUGUUUUUUAAAGCCUGACCAAUGUAAAUUGAAACAAUUGAUGUACAUUGCAACUUACUGAUUGCAUGUGAAAAUGUACCAAAAAAAUCUAGUCAGGCUUCUUAGGAUGCCAGCUGAUGAGGAUUUGUUUGUCAAACCACACCAUGGUGCAAACAAGUCUGAGCUUUGCUGGGUCCCUCAUAUGUGUGAUCCCAAUAUUUAUUGUGUUAUGAAUUAAUUAAUAAAUAAAGAAUAUUUUUUCUAGUAAA